GCUUUUUAAUGGCUUGUUGGAGGUUGAAGAUCUUUCCCAGUGACAAAUCCUCUUAAAAUUAUAUUAAAAUAUUUCUCAAGUUACAGUUUAAUGGCGGCGUGUUGCAGGAAAUUAGCGUUUUUUAGCGAUAUGUGGUGUAUAUUGUGUGAGCGCGAGCACUUAUGCUAGCCGCUGGGUUAUUAGUGGUGGUGGUGUUUGUUUGUUUGUUUGUUUGUUGUUGUUGUUGUUGUUGUUGUUAGCUAGCAGCCAGGUUGCUCACUCAGCUAGCUAAUUAUGGAUACUUUCCUGGCUAGUUAGUGUUUAUAAACGUGUUUGCUUUAUUUGUACAGUGUUGUCAUUUAAGCAGGAGUGAAGUCCAGGUGAGCUCUUAUUUUUAUUUUUUAUUUUUAUUUUUUUGCUCAUGAUGAGUAGGAAACAUCAGCAUUACAAAGGAGCUGAAGUGAGCUGCUGUGUCAAAUACUUCCUCUUCGGAUUCAAUAUUAUAUUUUGGUUGCUGGGAGCAGCGUUCCUGGCUAUCGGACUCUGGGCAUGGGCUGAGAAGGGCGUGCUGUCGAACCUGUCAUCCAUCACGGAUCUGGGCGGCUUUGAUCCCGUGUGGCUCUUCAUUGUAGUCGGAGGGGUGAUGUUCAUCCUCGGCUUCGCCGGCUGCAUCGGCGCUCUGAGAGAAAACACCUUCCUGCUCAAAUUUUUCUCGGUGUUCUUAGGGCUGAUCUUCUUCCUGGAGCUCACUGCUGGAAUCCUGGCCUUCGUCUUCAAAGACUGGAUCAAAGACCAGCUGAACUUCUUCAUCUACAACAACGUCAAAGCGUACCGAGACGACAUCGACCUGCAGAACCUCAUCGAUUUCGCCCAGGAGUAUUGGUCAUGCUGUGGUGCCCAUGGACCAGACGACUGGAACCAGAACAUCUACUUCAACUGCACAGACCUGAACCCGAGCCGAGAGCGCUGCGGUGUGCCCUUCUCCUGCUGCGUCAAAGACCCGGCUGAAGAUGUUCUGAACACUCAGUGCGGAUAUGACGUGCGGCUUGAAGCAGAACUGGAUCGACAGCAGUACAUCUAUACCAAGGGGUGUGUGGGGCAGUUUGAAAAGUGGCUGCAGGACAAUUUGAUCGUCGUCGCUGGCAUCUUCGUCGGUAUUGCACUAUUACAGAUCUUCGGCAUCUGCCUCGCCCAGAACCUGGUGAGCGACAUCAAAGCAGUCAAAGCCAACUGGUGACGCCUGGCCAUGGACGGAGAGGUGAAACCAAGUGACCUCUGUGUCGUUUUUUUUUUUUGAAAUUUUAAAAACAGCGGAGAUUCACGUUCUUGCGUUCUCCUGGAGCUUUACACGCACACUAACGGUAUAAAUGAACCGACUCUUCUAGAUGUUAUUUCUUUUUUUUGUUCUUAAUACGAGAAUGCCGUCAAAAGAAGAAGAAAAGUCGGGAGGCAGAGCCUCUCUAUGCGUGUGGGCUUGUAUUUUAUUUUUUUUCUUCAGCCUGUGGAAAACUUUCCGGCUCCUAUGCACUUGUGGAACGUUAAAGCUCAGAUGGAGAGAGACGGAUCUGUACGAAGCCUUACUGCGAUGCGCACCGUGUAGACGACAGUCCGGUGGUGGUUCUUUUUUUCGGAUGUAAACGUCACGAAGCCGUCCAGACAGACGACUUUCCAGACAACUCAUUUCUUUCAACCACUACCGUCAAAGGGAUGGAGGAUGUUUUGUAAAGCCGUGUGACAAGAUUCUCCGUUAAUAUCUGGCUUCCGAGUCUCUUUUAAAAAAUAUAUAUAUAUUUUUUUGUAUGUCAUUUUUGUUUUUUGUUCAGCUAGAAUAUAAAUAGUGAUAUGCUAACAUUAAACAGAUCCUGUUACAAUAUGAACAAUGCUGCUUUAACUCUUAGAGGACUAUAGACCACGAUACUAACCAAGAAAUAUUUUACAUUUUAAACCAAGAGGGAGAGUCCACUGAAAUUCAAUUCAAGAGCCAAGCACUAUGACAGCCUUCAGCCUCCAGCACGUUCAUGCUUCUUCCUGCUGCCUGCCCUGCUUACAUACGCACAACUUUUACGUCCUACCAUAUCAGGAACGACGUGCACACGACGGGCUCCGUUUAUCAAGCUUUAGUAACGUCAGACUGAACGACGAAUUCCUGACGAGUUUUCGUUGCUCUCGUUUUAUUUUCUUCGGCCUCGUGUGUUGAUAAAUGCUGAUCAGUCAUAACUUAAGCUCGCGAAUGGCAGAGAAGUUUAACAUGUAGCCACACCCACAAAACUCCAUAAAAAGAAAGUUCACAGAAGAGCCGAACAACUCGUUAAAAUUUUUUACACUAAUGCAGCUCAGCCACUGCAGCGCCUCCGCUACUACAGACUCACAUGGACGCCGCCUUCUCUUCUUCUUUUUAUAGGGUGCGAUUACUUUUAUCCUAACGAAACGGCUAGUCUUCGUUCUCCGAGUUACUACAGAGCGACCAGGUUUCACUACGUUUUUAAAAUUUUUGCGUUUUGUGAAAAAUAUUUGACCGUAAUUCGUUUAUAAAAACUCGGGAGCUCUUGUAGGAUAUGAAAGGUGUUUUUUUUUUUUUUCCUCCCAAACGAACUGCGUUUCUUGUUCUUGCUAAUGAUUUCUAAAUUUGUUCUUAUCCCGUUUGAUCAAUGAAGCCCACCGUGUGACACACAACGUGGUGUGUGAAGCUAUGACAGCAAUGUUGUGAAGAGUAAUGCAAGCUUGAGGCUUGUAGCCACCAGUUUAGCCGUUGUCCAGAUCAUCACACAGUCCGAGAGUAAUUAAAGGAGCGAUCUGAAACGAUGCCUGGCUCCCAGUUUGACUUUAAAAGGAAGGAGGAGGAGCUAAUUAUAGAUUAGCCCAAAAUAAACUAAUCACACAGAGAUGGAGCCAUCUGUUGUUGAGAUAAUAUCCUGGGUCUUGGCAGAGACGCCCUGUUUUGAUUCGAUAGGAGUCAGAUAUGAAAUAUUUGGUCUAUUUAAUUCUCUGGCUAGGUUGAAUUAUAGCAAAAAUGAACCGAGACAACCAUUAGGAUAAAAGGUCAAUGCGUAAAUUUUACAGAUCGAUAUCGAAUCAGAUGAAUUUUGUUUUUGUGCACACCCUUAAAUGCUUAUUACAGGUUUAAUGAGACUUCACGCUGGUUUAUGACUCGCUGCUCGCUACACAAAUCUAGAUUACAGAGCUAAAAACGGUCUUACCUCCAUCUUGGUCGGGCUCAGUUUAGAGGCGUGGCCUAAAAUUCAAAGUGUACUGUGUAAUCCAGCUCCAGUUUGAGCACUGUCAUGAAAAUGUUUACAAAAGAGUUAAGUGCGGAGGUGCUAAUAUUUACGGUAUUUAGCAUGACCGACGAGGUGAUGGAGGACAAAUCAGCGCUCGUAACGAACGUGAAUCAAAUUCGGCUGAUUAGAAAUGGCUGUUUGAGAAAUAGAUUACCUUUAUUUUGCAUUGAUGAUAACGAUACAAAAAAAAAAAAAAAGAAAGCCGUAAAAUCGGAUUAGUUGGGCUCCUGAGUGGCAACGUGACGGAAAAGCGUUGGCCGAACGGUCAGGAGAUGGAGAAAUCCGAACAUGACGAUUCAUCAGCCGUCUAUAGCUGAGCAAAGUGAGAAGUGCUGUCUGGGUGGGUGGGGCAUACGCGCGAUCCCUUAUCAGUCACGCUGAUUUGAUUUGAUUUGAUUUGAGCCAAUCACAGGCGUCUCUGAGGUCAUGUAUGUGGAAGACGGCGGAUAGCGCUUUCCCCUUUUCAUUAAAAAAUAAAAAUAAGUGUUAGUAAUACAUACAAGUGGUGAGAUUUUUGCCAUGUUGUAAUCAAUUUUAUCAUCACGUACAGCUUUUUUUUUUUUCUGAAGAACGUUCGCACAUCUAUAAGUGUUCUUCAGGAAAGCGUUGUUGUAAUUAUUAUUAAUAAACCUGUAAUAAGCAUUUUCCUUCUCAUAUAAUCGUACACUUUUCGCCAGCUCGUGCGUUUGGAGUCGAAGGUGUGCUGAUCAGAGUCGAAACCAGUGACCACAAGCUUGCGUUAAUGUUUUACUUUUUACUUCAACCUCAUAGCUGCAGUGUUUAAAAAAAAAAAAUGUAAUAAAAUAAAGAAAGAAAGGAGCUCAAGACUCCAAACAUCGAGAGGAUUCUGGGUAAAGGGAACGCUUUUGUUGCUUUAAUUCCUUCCUAGUCUUCACACUCGACUACGUUUUGGUGUCUAGGGACCAUGUGUACACACACACACACAGCUUCUUUCUAGCCUCUGCAGGAGUGUGCACGCGUGCUCAGGCAUUUUAUUUCCCGAGAGGUAGAGCUGACACGCAGCAGGGAAGGGUGUAUUGGAGGAAUUUUACUAAACACGCUGCAUGUGUUGAAAGCUGUGCAUGUGCUUAUUAUUAUUAUUAUUAUUAUUGUUAUUAUUAUUGUGCUCUCGUUGGACGCCGUACACACCGAGCGUGGCGUCCAUCAUGGCUCAAGUUCUCAGCAUUCCGUCUGUUGGCGCGGCGGAGACUUUUAUGCACACACAAAGCCAACGCCGUAUUUCAGACCCCUGUUUAUUCCUCUUUUGUUUGUUUCUUUGCAGCAGAGUGGCCUUUCUUUCUCGUUCUCGUUCUCUUUUUUUUCCCCCCCUUUUCUUUUUGGAGUCGCAUCACGAAUGUAACGUAUUUCCUCGCCAAGCGUGAAUCGUCCAAGCGUUGACAUGUUGUCUGGGAUCACACGAUCGACAUUCCAGAUCAAGUUUACUUUUUUUUUUUUUUAUUAUUAUUAUUUCUGGGAGAAGCUGAUAUUCAUCAACCUUUUUAUUUGUCUUGGUAAUAAACAAACAUUUGAAUAAACCUUUUUAUAAACGUGUGUGUAUAUAAAUAUAUAGACUAUAAACGAUAAUGAGUUACUGCACUGCGUGUAGAUAUACACACUAAAGCCCUACAUAGGAACCGAGUGCACGCUACUAAAGCCACAUUCGUACUUUCCAAAACUAAGUGCCCCCCUUCCAUCCCACUUAUAGACUUUUUUUUUUUUAUAAAUCUGUUCUGUCAGCUUUAGGUACAGGAGAGGAUCAAAUGUUUGUUUUUUGUACAGCUCAUCUACUAUUUCUUGACCAAGAACAUUUUUGUUUUAUUCUCAAAGAUCUUACCUUUUACAUCCACCAUGUUUCUUCUUGAAGAAAAACAGUUUCUCAACGAACGUUACUUCCUUUCAAGCCUCGUUUUAAAUAGGAAGGAAAAUGGCUGACGUGAUGGAUGUGCUGGUUAAAACAGUGAAAGAGCUGUGAUGUAUUUAAGUUAUUCCAUGAAAUCGAGUCGUACAUGAGCUGAUAGCCGACGAUGCGCGUAGCACCGAGAUUGAGUGGAAUAACGGUUUUAUUCUAUCCACAUUCACUGGAUUUUGAGAAACGGAGCAUUUUUUUUUUUUUUGCAAAUUCAAUAAAAAAAGCUUUAUAGAAAACGUCCGACAAAAUCAUUUCCGCUUAGAAUGUAAAGAAACCGAUGAAAUGACAGGAACAGUUUGUGAAAAAUGCGAUAAUUUUUGAAAAUUAAAAAAAAGAUACUUUUUUUUUUUGAGGUUUUGUUUUCGAGUAGAUUUUAUUUCGUCCUCAGUUGGUUCAGCAACACACUCUGCCAUUUUGUUUUUCUCUAUUCACGGUAUUUGAGCUGAUAUCCUCAUAGUAGAGUAACCAAUCAGAGCGCAUGAUUGCUCAUAUCCAGUGAAUGUGGAGAGAAUAAUUAAGUUAUUCCACGAAAUCGAGUCGUACAUGAGCUGAUAGCUGACGAGGCGCGUAGCACCGAGAUUGAGUGGAAUAACAGUUUUAUUCUAUCCACAUUCACGGGAUUUUGAGAAACGGAGCAUUUUUGUUUGUUUUUUUGCAAAUUCGAUAAACAAAAACUUUAUACAAAACAGACGACAAUCAUUUCCGCUUAGAAUGUAAACAAACUGGCGAAAUAACGGGAACAGUUUUUGAAAAAUGUGAUAAUUUAAUUUUUGAAAAUUAAAAAAAAAAAAAGAUACUUUCACUUUUUUUUUGGUAUUUUUUGAGGUUUUGUUUUCGAGUGGAGUUUUUAUUUCGUCCUCAGUUGGUUCAGCAACACGCUCUGCCAUUUUGUUUUUCUCUACUCACGGUAUAUGAACUGAUAUCCUCAUAGUAGAGUAACCAAUCAGAGCGCAUGAUUGCUCAUAUCCAGUGAAUGUGCAGAGAAUAUUUAAGUUGUUCGACAAAAUCGAGUCGUACAUGAACUGACGAGGCGCGUGGCACCAAGUUGUCUAUAAUCCGUGUAUGAUGAGAUUGAGUGGAAUAACGGUUUUAUUCUAUCCACAUUCACGGGAUUUUGAGAAACCGAGCAUUUUUUUUUUUUGCAAAUUCAAUAAACAAAAGCUUUAUACAAAACGGCCGACAAAAUCAUUUCCGCUUAGAAUGUAAACAAACCGGUGAAAUGAGAGGAACAGUUUGUGAAAAAUGCGAUAAUUUUUGAAAAUUAAAAAAAAAAGAUACUUUUUUUUUUUUUUGAGGUUUUGUUUUCGAGUAGAUUUUAUUUCGUCCUCAGUUGGUUCAGCAACACGCUCUGCCAUUUUGUUUUUCUCUAUUCACGGUAUUUGAGCUGAUAUCCUCAUAGUAGAGUAACCAAUCAGAGCGCAUGAUUGCUCAUAUCCAGUGAAUGUGGAGAGAAUAAUUAAGUUAUUCCACGAAAUCGAGUCGUACAUGAGCUGAUAGCUGACGAGGCGCGUAGCACCGAGAUUGAAUGGAAUAACGGUUUUAUUCUAUCCACAUUCAUGGGAUUUUGAGAAACGGAGCAUUUUUUUGUUUUUGUUUUUUUGCAAAUUCGAUAAACAAAAACUUUAUACAAAACAGACGACAAAAUCAUUUCCACUUAGAAUGUAAACAAACUGGCGAAAUGACAGGAACAGUUUGUGAAAAAUGCGAUAAUUUAAUUUUUGAACAUUUUUUUUAAAAAGAUACUUUCAUUACUUUUUUUUUUUUUGGUAUUUUUUGAGGUUUUGUUUUUGAGUAGAGUUUUUAUUUCAUCCUCAGUUGGUUCAGCAACACGCUCUGCCAUUUUGUUUUUCUCUACUCACGGUAUAUGAGCUGAUAUCCUUAUAGUAGAGUAACCAAUCAGAGCGCAUGAUUGCUCAUAUCCAGUGAAUGUGGAGAGAAUAAUUAAGUUAUUCGACAAAAUCGAGUCGUACAUGAGCUGACGAGGUGCGUAGCACCGAGAUUGAGUGGAAUAACGGUUUUAUUCUAUCCACAUUCACUGGAUUUUGAGAAACAGAGCAUUUUUUUUUUGCAAAUUCAAUAAACAAAAGCUUGAUACAAAACGUCCGACAAAAUCAUUACCGCUUAGAAUGUAAACAAACCGGUGAAACGACAGGAACAGUUUGUGAAAAAUGUGAUAAUUUUUGAAAAUUAAAAAAAAAGACUUUUUUUGAGGUUUUGUUUUCGAGUAGAUUUUAUUUCGUCCUCAGUUGGUUCAGCAACACGCUCUGCCAUUUUGUUUUUCUCUACUCACGGUAUAUGAGCUGAUAUCCUCAUAGUAGAGUAACCAAUCAGAGCGCAUGAUUGCUCAUAUCCAGUGAAUGUGGAGAGAAUAAUUAAGUUAUUCCACGAAAUCGAGUCGUACAUGAGCUGAUAGCUGACGAGGCGCGUAGCACCGAGAUUGAGUGGAAUAACGGUUUUAUUCUAUCCACAUUCACGGGAUUUUGAGAAACGGAGCAUUUUUGUUUGUUUAUUUUGCAAAUUCGAUAAACAAAAGCUUUAUACAAAACAUCCGGCAAAAUCAUUUCCGCUUAGAAUGUAAACAAACUGGCGAAAUGACAGGAACAGUUUGUGAAAAAUGCGAUAAUUUAAUUUUUGAAAAUUUUUUUAAAAAGAUAUAUUUUCUUUUUUUUUUUUUUGGUAUUUUUUGAGGUUUUGUUUUCGAGUAGAGUUUUUAUUUCAUCCUCAGUUGGUUCAGCAACACGCUGUGCCAUUUUGUUUUUCUCUACUCACGGUAUAUGAACUGAUAUCCUCAUAGUAGAGUGACCAAUCAGAGCGCAUGAUUGCUCAUAUCCAGUGAAUGUGGAAAGAAUAUUUAAGUUGUUCGACAAAAUCGAGUCGUACAUGAGCUGACGAGGCAUGUAGCACUAAGUUGUCUAUAAUCCGUGUAUGAUGAGAUUGAAUGGAAUAACUUUUAUUCUAUCCACAUUCACGGGAUUUUCAGAAAUGGGGCUUUUUUUUUUUUU